AUGGAGAGCCCACCCACCUCACUCGCGUCUGAGAAAGAGAGGCAGGUAAAUGUAGUCGACUGGCAUGGUAAUGACGAUGCGGCAAACCCCAGAAACUUCGCCUCAUGGAAGAAGACUAUCAACAUCACCUGUAUAUUCUUCAUGUCUUUUGUCUCGCCAUUCACGUCUUCUGUGGUCGCUCCAGCGAUUCCAGAGAUCAUGAAAGACUUCAGAUCCACCGACACUUACCUAUCCGCCUUCGUCACGAGCAUCUACGUCCUAGGUUACGCUUUUGGACCACUCCUCAUUAGUCCCCUCUCCGAGCAGUACGGCCGACUGCCGUUGUACCACCUGUGCAACGUGCUCUUCACCAUAUGCACUUUAGCCUGCGGGCGCGCAAACUCACUCGGUGUCUUGGCUGUUUUCCGGUUCUUUGCUGGUGUGGGCGGAAGUAGUGUAUUCGCUCUUGCACCAUCAAGCCUCGGAGAUCUCAUGGUGAAAGAGAAGCGCGGAGGCGUCAUAGCAUUGAUAGGUCUGGCAUAUAACCUUGGUCCAGCAAUUAGUCCUACAGCAGGCAGCUACCUCAAUGCUGCGAAAGGAUGGCGAUGGAUCUUCUAUCUCACUGCUAUCCUUGGUGGGAUAGGUACAGUCCUUAGUAUGCGUUGUUUAUCGGAAACCUACGAACCGGUUCUACUUCGGCGGAAAACAGUGCGACUGCGGAAUGAGACUGGGAAUGAGAACUUACGAGCAAGACCUGAUGUGGACACGGCAGCAGGUAAGCUGGAAGCUUUUGGCACUGCGAUGUUUAUGCCGCUUCGCAUGCUAUUCUUGUCACGUCCGAUCUUCUUUACCUCACUCCUUACUGCUAUCGGUUACGGCUACAUCUAUGUCCUGUACACGACCCUCCCAACCACGUUUGUCGAAACAUACAAGUAG